GCCCCCUCUCGGUAGGUUUGUCUUCCCGCUCUGCUCCUCUGCAGACGAGCUGGAUGUCCGGACACUUGCUGCGCUCCUCUUCAUGAUCAGGAGGCAUCGCAGGAGCAGGAGAAGCGGGGAGAAGGAGAAUCACUGGGACGCACAUGGCUCGAUGACAUGAUGUUCCUACCCUUUUCCCCUCCCCCCUCCACCUCUCUCUUCCCUGUUUUCCUUCUACUCCUCCUUUUCCUCCCUCCGUCCCUCGUCUCUUCUUCCCUUUCCCACACCCCGUUGAGCUGGACUUCGCCUCAUGACCCCUGCUAUCACCUAGACGGCCGCCCGCGACACUGCUUGUCGGAGUUUAUCAACGCUGCCUAUGGAGUCCCGGUUAAUGCUAGUCACUCGCAACAAGGGCCAGACUAUGACAGCAACAUCAUCACCUUGACAGACCUCCACAACCCUCACAACCUCACAUGCUGGAUGGCUCACAGAGGCACUGACACCGGGGAAUGGGUCCUCACCGUACCGCUGGGCCGCCGCUUUGAGAUCACUUACAUAAGUUUGCAGUUCUGCCACCAGGGGGAGCCAUCAGACCCCAUCUCCAUCUCCAUCCUCAAGUCGAUGGACUUCGGGCGCACCUGGAGGCCGAUGCAGCACUACUCCAGCGACUGCCUUGGAAACUUUGGGCUGCCCUCCCAGACAGUGGCCCAGACCAGGCAUCAAGAGACGGAACCUCUCUGCUCAGACCCUCGCCCCCUGCAAAAGCAGAGAGGUGGCAUGGUGUUGGCCUUCUCCACCCUGGACGGACGACCAUCAUCUCCCGAUUUUGACCACAGCCCCACCCUCCAGGACUGGGUGACGGCCACAGACAUACGGGUGGUCUUCCAUCAGUUGUCUAAAGUCGCCAAAGCGGGCAACCUGGAUAAAAAGCAAGAAGCACGAUGGCGUGACGGUGGAGAAGAUGACAGAGGGACUUUUGGACUUCUGAGGUGGAGAUCAGGCUACAAGGGCCGCACUGGAGAUCAGGUCGACAAGUUAAACGCAGAUAAUACACUGGCAUUUUUUGACAGGGAGACAAAAAACUUAGAUAUAAGUGGGAGGAAUAAAGGGGAGAAAGUGGACAAACAUGGAAGGAAGGGUCAUAAUAAAGGGUCAGGUCAAGACGAAGAUGGACACAAUGUGACCAGCAAAGAAGGGGGGGGUAGUUUCGGUAUGGACACUUUCACUUCCUCAAAGAAAAGUGGGAGAGGUAGAGGGCGUGGUCACAAGAAGGAGCGCAUUCAUUGGCUUCCUUGCCCCAAUGGCAACUGCAAUUGGACAGUGGAGGGGCGGAACAGGGGCAACAAAGGGCGGGAACUGAGGAAGAGGAGGAACAAUAAUCUCAACACGAGACAAAGUGCCAGGAAUCUGCAGGUGGCUCCGCCCUCUGCUUUUAUCUCUCACGUCCGAGCUCCUCUGGCCCUCUCUGACCUGCAGGUUGGAGGCAGGUGUAAAUGUAACGGACACGCUUCCAGGUGUCGCCGUGACGACACAGGCCGGGCAGUAUGUGUGUGCGAGCAUCACACGGCAGGGCCAGACUGUGAUGUGUGUGAGGAUUUCUACUUUGACAGACCGUGGCAUCGGGCUACACCCACGCACCCAAACCCCUGUGUUGCCUGCGAGUGUAACGGCCAUUCAAACAAGUGCCGCUUCAGCAUGGAGGUGUUUCAGCAGUCGGGCCGACGCAGCGGAGGCGUGUGUCAGAAGUGCCGCCACCACACGGCUGGACGCCACUGCCAGUACUGCCAGAAUGGGUACACCCGCAACCACAGCAAGCCACUGAACCACCGCAAGGCCUGCCAACCAUGUCAGUGCCAUCCCCUGGGAGCAGUGGGUCGCUGGUGCAACCAGACCUCAGGUCAGUGUCUGUGCCGAGAAGGGGUGAUGGGCCUCAGGUGCAACCGCUGUGCCCCAGGAUACAAACAGGGCAAGUCCCCUCUACGGCCCUGCAUACGAAUUCAAGAGAUCGCUCCGACCCCAGUGUACCAACCUCAAUACAGCAUCGCGGAGGAGUGUGUUUCAUAUUGCCAGCCUUCUCAGGUUAAAGUCAGGAUGAACUUGGAGACCUAUUGUCUCAAGGACUACGUGCUGAAGGUGCAGGUGAGAGGGAUGGAGCGUUCAGGUCCCUGGUGGCAGUUCUCCAUCUCAGUCCAAACCGUCUUCCGCACAGGGUCCACCUCUCGCGUUCGCAGGGGCCCCCAAUCCCUCUGGGUCCCCGACCGUGACCUCGGCUGCGGCUGCCCCGCCCUCCACGUGGGUCGGACAUACCUCCUGAUUGGCGCAGAGGAAGGAGAGCGAGGCUGGGGCCCAGAGGAGAGUCGCCUGGUGGCGGACCGCUCUACUCUGGCCCUCCAGUGGCGGGAACACUGGAGCCCCAAACUCAGGGGCUUCCGGGGGCAGGACAAGAGGGGCCGCUGCCCUCCAAAAUCCCCCAACAGCCACCACAGGGAGCACUCAAAACCCCAGUCUGGGUACGUCCCCCCUCACCUGCUGACUGAGAAAGACUCUGACAGCGUGAACACGCACUCUGUAGAAGUGGACGAGACUCAAACCUUAGCAGUGCCGCACACACACCCUCACACAGAGGUUAAAUCCACAGUGGCGACCCCCUCACCCACUACACCUGCUCUGGUGUGUUCCACUCAAGGUCCUGAAUAAAAAAAAAUAACAAGGAGAAACAACAAAGACAGGAUGACUGAGAUUUUCACCUUCAUCCUCCACCUUUCUGGACAUUUUGCAACAAGAGAGCUACUAUAAAAAAGGAGAAGAAAGUGCUUUUUCUAAAUUUUUUUCUGAAGGUUUCAGGAAAAACAGAAGUGACUUUAUACAGAGAAACUCUCAACACACACGAACACACACACACACACACACACUCCUGUUAUGUGAUGUUCAAAUGCUGAUCUAAAAAUGUGAAGAAACACACAUUUCCUCAUGUAACUGUUGGGUUUGUGUGUUUUUGGAGGGUAGAGGUCAAAUUGAUGACGGAGCACUAACGUCUACAGCAGAUGAAAUAUCUAAAUAUACCCACCAAAAACAAAACUGGUGCUAUGUGAAAUAUUAGUUAUGAGAAUUUUAAUAUUUUCUACUAAAGAAACUUUUGAAAAUUAAAGUUUGACUAAACUCUGACUAAAAGGCCAUGCAGCAUUUUUUCCAGUAUUUUCUGAAUUAUAUUUAUUAUUAGAUUAAUUUACGUAACACACACAAACAAGGGAAACUUGACAUAACAAAAUAUACAAUAAGGGUAAAUAUUCUACCUCACAUUUACUACACACACGUAAACAAAGCUAAUUCAGUGAUUUUUUUCCUUUUUUAAAUAAAAACUAUUAGAGAUCUUGUUAUAUAAAUGACAGGUUUUACUACAAAUGAGGCCAAUACAACAUUUUUGUAUCAUAAUGAAAUUUGAAAAUAACAUUAAUUAAUUUACGAAAUAAAAAUAGUUUUAAACUGACAAACAUGCAAAUUGCAAACAUAGUUGAUAGUUAACAUUUAUAGAACCACUGUAAAAAAAAAAAUUGAACUAAUAUUUUCGUAAAAUUCAUAAAAUCCUUUUAUCUCUGACAUUUUUCAUGUGUUUCUUUACUCAUUCUCUGAGCCUGAAAUUCACUUGUGUACAUAAUAACGUUGCACAAAUUGUUUUUUAACAGAAAUUUGCCAUUUUUCCACUUUUAUAUCUAUUCUCAGUAGUUAGGAUAAAAGUAAAGCAAGCUCCAGGUUACGCACACACACACACACACACACACACACUCACAAGCGUGUACAUACACACACAUACACCUUGCAUUCAUUCUGCACAAUAUUUUGGGAAAUUGAGACUAUCUACAAUCUGGACAGCUGACACACAGACCAAACUAACCUCAGUCUCAUUUCCUAACCGUACAGGAAUCCUCAGACAGUCACCGGCCUUGAUAUGGAUCUAAAAAGCAUCGGCCCGACCUGUCGUCAUGGCUUCUGUUUCCAUUUGGGAGAUAUGGCGUCAUAGCCCAGGGGAAAUGGUGGAGGUGGUGGGGCAGUGUAUUAAGACAGAUGGGCGAGCUCCUAUUUGUUGAGCAGCUACAUUGUUUUGGUAGCGGCCGUGUCAGUGAUUGGUUGUGCUGCUGUGCUGAAGCCAACGAUUGAAAACACAAAGAGAAAAAUAGACUCGCUGACUGAUGAUUGCUCAGUGCGAUUCAUCACACAGUACACUGAUGGGAAGGGUAUGUGUGUGUGUGUGUGUGUGACAGUGUGUUGGCACGUUUUUGAACCCUUAUGAGGUUCAAACGUCCACAAAGUCCAGAAUUAACAGUUUCUUGGCGCCAAGUAACACACAGGGGCCCCCAAACAAAAAUCCACUGAUGCCGGGAAUACAAGAAAAUAAAAAUCGACUUUUCAAA